AUGCAUAAACUAUCAACGCCAACUUUCAUUAAAAGGCUUCACUUCCAAGCCUCAAAGCCCAGAAUCAGGAACCAUGUGAAUCACACCACAGACCUCCCUGCCUCAUGUGGUAUAUGCGAGAAAGACACGGAAUUACACGAGACAUCACUCCAUUCAGCAGCCCGCGCCGGCGAUGAGACAAUGGUAAACUUGCUCCUCGACGCAGGCGCCAAUAUCAAUCAAAGAGAUGAAUCUGGAAAAACACCACUCGCACUAGCCGUCCAAGCGGGCCAUAAAGCCAUCGUAACGAUCCUCCUGGACAGCAGCGCCAAUUUCGAAUCAAAAGAUUACCUCAGUCGCACGCCACUCUUCUACGCGAGACACACAUCUAUCCUCAAACUUCUACUUGACGAAGGCGCCAACGUGGAUCCACGAGAUAUCAACGGGCGAACCCCUCUAUCAGUAGCCGCAGAGCAGGGCGACGAACAAGCGGCCACGCUCCUUCUUGAUCACGGUGCAAGCCUUCACACCAGGGACGGACUGACCUGGACACCACUCUCCUGGGCCUUUGAACAAAACCAGCAAGCCAUGGUAAAACUCCUAAUCCGCAACGGCGCCAAUCCCGAACAAGAAGAUAGCUUCGGCAGAACACUUCUUCUAGUAGCAGCAGAGACAAAACGCGAAUUAAUGGCAAACACUCUAAUAAGCCAAGGCGCUUGUCUCGAGGUCCGAGAUCACGAAAAUCGCACCCCGCUCCUAUGGGCUGCGCACAAUGAAGACGAAGAAAUGGCCAAGCUUUUGAUUAGCAGUGGCGCGUGCCUAGAAGCUCGUGAUGAAGACGGGCGUACGGCGUUACUUGUAGCCGUGGAAGCGAGACACGUUGCUAUGGCGGGCGUACUAGUCAGGUCUGGUGCUAGUCUGGAUGUACAAGAUGAAUAUGGGCGGACGCCGUUGUUAUGGAGUGUUCAGUAUGGUGAGCAGCAGCUGAUAGAGCUGUUAUUGGAGAGGGGAGCUUGCUUGGAAGUUGAAGAUGGGAAGUAUGGGCGGACGGCGCUUUCGUGGGCUGCUAGGAGGAAUGAUGUAUCCGUUGCGAGGCUUUUACUUGAAUAUGGGGCUGAUAUUGAGGCGGAGGAUUGUCAUGGUCAGACUCCGUUGUCAGUAGCUGCGAGGGCUGGGAAUGGGGAUGUUGUUGCGCUUUUACUUGAGAAGGGGGCUUGUGUUGAUGUCGAGGAUCAUUAUGGUCGAAUGCCGGUGCAGUGGGCUUCUAUGGGUGGGUAUACAGCUGUGGUGAGACUUCUUGGGGGAUCAAUUGAUGUUAAAGCUGGGAGUGAGUAG